AUGGCGAAAAAGUUUGUUGAGGAUGACAAAUUCACUGCUCAAACACCAACAGGACGUUUUCUCGACGUCAACUUCGAACCACAGCGACGGUUGGGACCAAUCGAAGGCUACGAACUAAAGCCAUUGGUCUCUCUCGAAGAAGCAGUUAAGCCGCUCGAAAAGCUGAUCAAAAACAUUCAAACAUACGUCUGGACAGCUACCGGUAACUGUGAAGAACCAAAAGAUGGAUUAACACCAGAUGAACGCUCUGCAAUUUAUCUCUACACCAUGGAGUGUAUGUAUCGUGAAGUGAAUGCGGCUCUUCGAAGUGAACAGCGACAGUCACUAACGCCUUACUUCUCCUAUCUCAAACUAUUCAUCACUGCCCUAUGGAAGUUAGACUCUGUCCGAGACGUUGUCUGGCGUGGAGUCAAGGGAAAUCUGACUGAUCAGUAUCCAGCAGGGAAAAAGUUUGUUUGGUGGGGCUUCUCGUCAUGUUCAACAAAACUGUCUGUCCUACAGUCUCAACAGUUUCUCGGAGAAUACGGAACACGGACUCUCUUCAAUAUCCAGUGUUUCAAUGGAAAGAUGGUACAGAACCAUUCACAGUUUCCAGCUGAAGGUGAAGUCUUGCUAUUGCCGUGUAGCUACUUUGAAGUCAUUGACAGUAUUAAACAAGGAAAUGAACUGCGUAUAAUACAUAUUAAACAGAUUGAACCACCUGUAACAUUGAUUCAACCGCCUUUUACUACAUCUCCAAAGAAACAGGUUGAUCCUAACCGACAUUCCACUGUUGACGCAGUCGCCAGUGGUUUAUCCAAACUGAAAGUAGCCGCCAAAUCUAACGAACAAAAUAUGGCUCUCUUAUGUGAGUUCAAUAAGUUUCCCGUUAGAGUUCAAGUCCAUAUGAUUUGCGACCUCAUCGUAAUAUCUCAUUUGCUUUAA